UGUUCUUCAUCUUUAUGAGCUUUGUACUAGUUGAAGUUCAAGUGUUGUUCUGAUCUUUGACAAUAUACUUUCUACGCUUAUACUCUAAUUACUACAAGUAGACGUAGAGAAUAAAGCGAGCAAAGGCAAAGAGAUGAACAAGUAGAAUUACACUUAAAAUUAGACCCAUCCCCUUGCCGAGAAGAAGACUGUUAAACAAGCACUGCGUAAUGCAUACACAUAGACAUAGUUCCUACACAUUCACCGUCUAUCCGCGUAUGUUGGUAUCAAACAUGUUUUGGACUUCAUGUGAUCACUUGAUAGAGAACUCUUGUUGUUGUUCCUGGUUCAUCUUAAUUGUCAAAUACUGUUCGCUAGGAGUCGUUUUCAAUCUAUUUAUUUUCUAGCAGCAGUGCCUGUGACGACAACGUCACUAAGGAAGCGACGACGUUGUUUCUCAUAAAAUUAUUGUCUGAGUCGGAGGCCGAUAGCGUUUUGUAUUUUUGAUUCAACUAAUAUUUUCAUCCCGGUGCGCCAGUCAUCUUGUAAGUAUUAUCUUCUGCUGUAAAUGUAAUCAAAAUUAUCAUCUUGUACAUGAUUAACUACAUAGCGUCGCGCUAAAAUCUAGGAUGUGAUGUUCCUAUAUGACUAAGAGACUAGUGAUCAUUAUAACAAGCUGCACGUAGAGGUAGAACCUGUUGUUGUCCUCGUUUAUUGUGAUUUUUGAACAUCAAAAACAUGAUAUUUAUCACGCAUCAUGGUGAUGGUCCACCCCCUUGACUUGACGUGUCUGCCUAAGGUAACAUAAUGGAAUGGCGCAAAAUUAUAAUCUUGUUUCUGAUCAUCAUAGCCAGAAGCUAUCGAUUAUAUCUGUUGCAGCA